CCGCCCCCCGGCUGGGGGGGUCAUGGCGGAGGCCGCUUGCCCCGGGCAGGAGCCAGAAGUGCUGCGACUGAAGCGCCUGCGCGGUGGGGGCUUCUUCCCGGUGCCCCCGGGGGACAGGCUGGGAAGGUGCCGGAGUGUGAAGGAGUUUGAGAAGCUGAAUCGAAUUGGGGAAGGGACCUAUGGCAUCGUCUACCGUGCUCGAGAUACCCAGACGGAUGAGAUUGUGGCACUAAAGAAGGUGCGGAUGGACAAGGAGAAAGAUGGAAUCCCCAUCAGCAGCCUGCGGGAGAUCACCCUGCUUCUGAAGCUUCGGCACCCCAAUAUCGUGGAGUUGAAGGAGGUUGUUGUGGGGAACCAUCUGGAGAGUAUUUUCCUGGUGAUGGGUUACUGUGAACAGGAUCUCGCCAGCCUUCUUGAGAACAUGCAGACGCCCUUUUCUGAGGCUCAGGUGAAGUGUAUCAUCUUACAAGUACUCAAGGGCCUUCAGUAUCUUCAUGAGAACUUCAUCAUCCAUAGGGAUCUGAAGGUGUCUAAUCUGCUCAUGACCGAUAAAGGCUGCGUGAAGAUUGCGGAUUUUGGGCUGGCUCGUGCUCAUGGUGUGCCACUAAAACCAAUGACCCCUAAAGUCGUCACUCUCUGGUACCGGGCCCCAGAGCUGCUGCUGGGAACGACGACCCAGACCACGGGCGUAGAUAUGUGGGCAGUGGGAUGUAUCCUCGCGGAAUUGUUGGCCCACAAGCCGUUACUCCCAGGCAGCUCAGAGAUUCACCAGAUUGACCUGAUAGUGCAGCUGCUGGGGACACCCAAUGAAAACAUCUGGCCAGGCUUUUCCAAGCUGUCCCUAGUGAGCCAGUACACCCUGCGGAAGCAGCCCUACAACAACCUCAAGCACAAGUUCCCAUGGCUGUCGGAGGCUGGGCUUCGUCUGCUCAACUUCCUCUUCAUGUAUGACCCCAAGAAGAGGGCGACAGCGGGAGACUGUCUGGAGAGUUCCUACUUCAAAGAAAAGCCCUUGCCCUGUGAACCGGAGCUCAUGCCCACCUUCCCCCACCAUCGCAACAAGCGAGCUGCUCCCGUCAGCGCCGGGGCGGAGAGCCAGGGCAAGCGCGGCAAGCCCUGAGGCUGCACGUCCUGCCGGGAUUCUGAGGUUCAACUGCUUGCAAAAGACGGGAGCCUAGCUCGUGUUGGGAGUGCAGACUGGGAGCCAGUUUUCCCAGUUACUUGUCAGGAGAGGAGCCUUGGUGUACUGGCCCACCUGGGAGAGGCACAGCCCCACCUGUGAGUGGGGAAACGGACCUCCCUGUCAACGUGCUGCUCUUGCCCAAGAGGGCGCCUGCUCCCUCCUAUGGGCCUCUUCAGUCCCAGGACUGAGUGAGUUUUUAAGUGCAGACUCUCAUUCCCAGAGGCUGCACGUGGCGCCACGCGUUGGGGUGCUCGUCCCUGCCUGAGUGAGCGUGCGGCCUGCAGCACUCCCAGCUCUGCUGCCUCCAAGGCAGCUUGUGGUUCUCCCGUGCCCCACAGGGCUCAGGCCAUGCUUCAGAGGACCCAAAGUUCCCACCCCACUCUCAAGAAGCUGGUGGGCUCCACAAUGGUAACAGCCUCAGCCAGUCUGUGUGAUUAGCUACUCCCAUGUGGAUAAAUCCUCAACUUGUGUUCUUCUGGGUAAGGUUUGGAUAAAGAUGCGGAUAAAGGGACCAUCCAAAGCAGACGAUGGGAAGGCUCUGGGAGCCGAAGGAGGAUUUGUAACCAGCUGCUAUAGGACCCAAGGCAGACGCAGUACAAGCUCCUCUUGACCUGUCGAUAUUCUCAGGGUGCCUCCUGCUGGGGGGUUCAGUGCUGGCUAGGAGGACGGUACCCCAAACUUCCACUCAAAUGCAGCUGCUGGAGAUACGCUCAAGGGUCGUGGAUUGUUCUGUCACCUUUGCACAAAGAGAGCAGUGAGGGCAAACUUCGUAUCUAUCCUGCAUCCCUGUCCACCCAGUGCCAGUCGCAUCCUUCAUGGCGGCUGGCCCAUCACCAGCCCCUCGGGUUGGAUCCUUCUACCAGGCAGAAGCUCCAAGGAAAGGGCAAUGUGUAAACACAUUCCUAUGGGCUGAAAGGAACCUCCAGCCCUGCAGUGUUUGCCUUGACCCCUAGGUAGGCAGCCAGGGGCAAGACGUGCUGGCCAACCCUGAAUGGCUGCUGGGUUUGUUACAAGCUGCAGGCCUUGCCCAGCUCACUGUUGAUAGAAAAGUCCCUUCGUUCUUUAUUCCUCAUUGGGGUUCAUGUGAUCCUGCGCGCAAUAAAAUAUCGUGCUAGUGUCAGCUGUAA